UUUGAGGACAAAACCAGUACGGGGUUAUCUGUGGAACUAUUGCUCAUCGUGAGAAAAUGGUCUAUCCGUCGGAUUAUUUGCCCCACUUUCAACCACGAGAUGGUGAUAAUCUACACACUCAGGAGAGCGGUGAUGCAGGUCUUUCUUCUGACAUGGUGCACAAGUUCUGUUACAAGUAUGAAGAAAUUGCCCUGCCUGUAACUGACACAGGGAGUUGUGUGAGGCCCAUUCUUCACAUGAAGCAGUUCCCCAUGAUGGCACAAAGCAAGCCACACCCAUACCCGCCUGAGUCAAGACCUAUGACAGAGGGAUUCUUAAUCAAGUCCAGUUUGGCUGGGAUGCAAAGUGGGCCGCCAAAUAACUUCAAUUGCCAGACAUACACAGAUCGUGACGAUAAUAGCAAGGGAGAGGAAGUAUUCAAGCCUUUACCCGGAACAUCAGCCAUUACAGAGGCACUCAUGGAAGAUGUAGGAAAUAAGGGUAACAUCAUGGAUGCCAACACAGACGCCAAAGAAAACCCAGGAAGCGCUGCACCAGUGGAAGAAGUGACGGCCCAAAACCGCUACAAGAAAAGAGCUGUUGGGAAAAAAUGGAAAGUUUACAAUCUCUGUGUGGUGGCAGUUCUAAUCAUAAACUUUCCUGCCUGUAAUGGAUCUAAUGAUGGGCUAAACUGUUGGGUCUGCAAGGAUCGGGACAAGUGCUCCAGCCUCAACACAAUAUAUGACGAAAAUGACGAUAUCCUGAACUAUGGAAAGAAAGCUUUCUCAGAAUGCUCUCAAAUACCACCGCCUGUGCCUAAGACUCCUAAAACCUGCACAGUAUGCCAGUCCGAUUUUGUCUUCAUUACCUGCUCAAACGACACUAAUGAAAUCCAACCAGAAGCAAAGGAAUCACUCAUUCAAGACAUCCAUAAAACAUGCAUGCAGUAUAAGACUUCUGACCCGAUGCCCAGCAGAGGGACUUCCCAUUACAAUCCUGGCCGUGGACCUAUUGGAUUGAUUUUAAUGGCUGUUCUCUUUCUGAUUGCGAUUGGACCACUGUGAUCUUCUGAGUAAGCGUGAUUUUAUUUUAACAAAACUUUCAUCUUAGAAACACAACUUCCUUAUAUCAGGUCCCUUGAAUAAGUUCAUGAAUGACUAAAGCUAUAGACCAACCCCCCAAAAAAUAUUUCACACCAUUUAAUCCAUUAUACAUUUUAAUACAGUUCCCCAAUCUUAAAAUAGAUGAUUUUAUUCUUUCCUUUUAGUGCUGUAAGAAAAGCUUUGUGAUAUAUUUGAAAAAAAAAAAACUAAUUCUCAGUCCCAGUAAAUCUUGAAUUGGAGAAUAUUUUUAGUUCAAAUAUUGAAAAAAUGGAAAGGGGCUACAAGCAGACUGUUUUGUGGUUCUUUUUUUUUUUCUUUGGCUAAAUGCAAUUUCACUUAACACACUUCUCUCUUUUUUCAAACAGGACUUUGGAUCUUCAACAUUUAUCCCUCAGCAUGAAACAUCACGCUGAAACAUCUUUUUUUUUUUUUUACUCAUAGAUACUUACUUUCUGUCUUAAAAUGUUUUUAACUGUAUUGGCACAGCAUAAUGGCUAAAUAGGAUGUGUUUUAUUGCAUAUGCUUAAGCCCAAAGAAGUCGCCUUUUUUUAGAAAAACAAUUUCCAUAAUAACUGGUUAUUUUUCUGUAAAUCACCUUCAUGCUUAUUUGGCUUAUCAGACUUCAGCUUUACUUGACAGCAAAUAAUUAUGUUUGAAACGCAUCUACAUAUCUGGCCUUAAUUAUAAACACACCUGCAUAUCAAGCUGCAUAUGGUUCAUGUUCUUUUUCAUAACAGACACUGGAACAGAAUAUAAUGUGCUCAGUUAAUAAUCAGAAGAGUGUACAUCAUGGGAAAUCCCUCAGCUGCUAGGGCUUGCAGGAUCAGUGCAGCCAUUUCACUGUGGCAGAUGUAGUGUAUUUUGUUCCCAUACCUAUAUUUUUGCUUAAAAAUCUUUUAAUGGACAGUUAUAUGAAAUGUUAUUUUUUGUCAGAACGCUAUAAAGACA